UCCAAGAGGGAAGUUGACCCGUUAAGCCUCAGCGGCCAUGGCGGCGCGCUCGCCGCCCCCGCCGCCCCCGCCGCCCCCACCGCCCUCAACACCCCCUUCGCCCCCAGCGCGACGGUUGGGCCCCUGGUCCCCAGAUGUUGGGCGGGGAGCUGAGGUACACGCAGUGUGCAGCAAGGCCUCGGGUCUUGACGGCGCAGCGCGGGAGUUCGUCGCAGGCAAAAUUAAUUUAUCCGCGUGGGGCGAAGUAGGGUCAGGGGGCCGGGCAGGACGAGGGGGCGCGGCUCCGGCUCUUGCUCCCUUCGUUAGCGCGCCCAUGGAGUCCAGGAGGCUAGAGGGCAUCUCGGUAGAGGAGGCGAUGGUGACCCGGACGCAGCUGCUGGAAGAAGAGCUGAACAGCCUAAAGGAGGAGCUGGCCCUGUGUCAGGCUGAUAAAGAAUUUGUAUGGUCUUUGUGGAAACGUCUCCAAGUGACAAACCCAGAUCUCACACAGGCAGUCAGCUUGGUUGUGGAAAGAGAAAAACAGAAAUCUGAAGCUAAAGACAGAAAAGUUCUAGAAAUUUUGCAAGUCAAGGAUGCCAAGAUACAAGAAUUAGAACAGAGAGAAUCAGUACUCAAACAGGAAAUAAAUGACCUUGUAAAAAGGAAGAUUGCAAAAGAUGAUGAAAAUGAUUUCUUAAGGAAUGAAUUUAGUACCUUGCAGAAGAAAUUUAAAGAUAAAAGUCAAGAACUUAAGGACACCAAGGAGUGUGUACAGAGUAAGGAAGAACAAAACAGACUGGUUAUAAAAAAUCUGGAGGAGGAAAAUAAGAAAUUAAGUACAUGCUGUGCUGACCUGCUAAAUGACCUGGAGAAAUUGAGGAAGCAGGAAGCACAUUGGAGAAAAGAAAAAUAUGGUGUUGAUGCAAAAAUAAAGGCCUUUGAAGACAAUUUAAUUGAAGCAAGGAAAGAAAUUGAAGUAUCACAAAGUAAAUAUAAUGCCCUAUCAGUACAGCUGAAUAAUAAACAGACUGAACUUAUCCAGAAGGAUAUGGAUAUUACCCUGGUCAGGAAGGAGUUGCAGGAGCUUCAGAAUCUUUAUAAGCAAAACAGUGCACAUACAGCACAGCAAGCAGAGCUGAUCCAGCAGCUUCAGGUUCUCAAUAUGGACACACAAAAAGUACUGAGAAAUCAGGAAGAUGUUCAUACAGCUGAAAGUAUAUCAUAUCAAAAACUUUACAAUGAGUUACAUAUUUGUUUUGAAACCACAAAAUCAAGUGAAGCUAUGCUCCGGCGAAGUGUUGUUAGUCUUCAGGAUCAGCUACUUCAAAAGGAACAAGAGAAUGCUAAAUUAAAAGAAAAACUUCAAGAAUCCCAAAGAACGCCUGGUCUCUUACCUCAAGAGUGUGAUUCAGACCACUCAGAACAGGUAUCUCAACAGCCAUCUUUAACCAGCCUAGAAACGUUAAUGAUCUCGCAGAAGUCUGAAAUUGACUAUUUACAGGAGAAACUGAAAAUAGCAAAUGAAAAACUAUCAGAGAACAGGUCUACCAAUAAGGCGUUUUCAGAGAGCAUUAUGGAAAGUGCAGAAGGAAAACAUAAGGAAACCACCCUGUGAAAUGCCAAGGUCUUUGUCCCCAAAGACUCUUUCAUAGAAUCAGAGGAGCUUAAGAAGCUGAGAAAGGCUGAAAGAAAGAUUGAAAACUUAGAGAAGACACUGCAACUAAAGAGCCAAGAAAAUGAUGAGCUAAGAGAUGCCCAUGAAAAACACAAGGAAAGGCUACAGAUGUUACAGACCAACUACAGAGCACUAAAAGAGCAAUUAAAACAGUGGGAAGAAGGCAGUGGCAUGACUGAAAUCAGAAAAAUCAAGAGAGCAGAUCCCCAGCAACUUCAACAAGAAGAUUCCGAUGCUGUGUGGAAUGAACUGGCAUAUUUCAAAAGGGAGAACCAGGAACUAAUGAAUGAAAAGAUGAAUCUUCAAGAAGAAUUGGAUGAACUUAAAGUGUAUGUAUCCAUUAAUAAGGCAGCAAUACAAGAAUCAGAUACAUAUAUGGAAGAGGAAAGAAAAGAACUUCUCUUUAGAUAUGGUGAAGAUGAAGGGGUCAAGAAGAGUACUCCAGAGAAGAAUGGGAAACAAAUGUCAGAACAGACAUUUCAGAAGGUAAUUGAAUUGGAAAAUAGGAUAAAAUCUUUUGAUAAAAUGUCAAGAAAAUUAAAAGAAGAGAAUAAAAAGUUAAUGAACGAAAAUGAUUUCCUGAAAUCACUCUUAAAACAGCAGCAAGAAGGUGCAGAAACCAGAGAAAAAGAACUGGAACAGCUAGUAAAGAGGAAUGAAGAUGUAGAAAAAGAGAAAUCUGAACUUCAAGUAAAAAUCAGUAAGCUGGAGAGAGAAGUCACUUCCCUAAGGAGACAAGUGGCAGAAGCUAAUAGGUUGAAAAAUGAAAAUGAAGAGCCGAUGAAUCUAAUGGAGAAACUACAGCAUACAGCAGACAAAGCUAAAUCUGAGAUGGGCACCACGAAAGUGAGAUCUGGACAAUACAAUUGUAAGACAACCACGACCAAGGUUAAAUUUAAAGCUGCCAAGAAGAAGUUCUCUGUGGGUCAUCACCACACUGUUCUCAAUCAUUCCAUCAAGGUUAUGAGCAAUGUGUUUGAGAACCUUGGUAAGGAUGGCUGGGAGGAUGUGAGUGAAAGCAGCAGUGAUUCAGAAACACAGACCUCUCAACACUUGGGAACAAUUAUUGUAGAAACAUCCCAGAAAAUAAGUCCUAUAGAAGAUGGAGGAGAUCAGAAAGAAAGUGAUCAAACAGAAGACAGUGAAACACAAGAGAAAGAAAUAGUACAAGUAUAUUCAAAUAUGGAUGGCAAGUUCCCAAAGGAGUUUUCUCAUUACAAGAAUACCAGAAAACCGAAUUUCCAAAAGAAUAAUGGUAAUAUGCAAAAGAGUUCACAUACAACAAUUCCUAACAGAGUUAACAGAGAAAAGAGGAAAAAUAUAAGUGCCCAGAAAUCAAGUAGCAAUAUUAUUUUAUUACGGGAACGGAUUAUAUCCUUGCAGCAACAAAACAGUGUACUACAGAAUGCCAAAAAAACAGCUGAAUUGUCUGUUAAAGAAUAUAAGGAAAUCAAUGACAAGCUCCUUCAUCAGCAGCAAAUAUCCGAUCAAAGAUUUCAGACAAGCCGGCAGACUGUAAAGAAACUAAAUUUGGAUUUGGCUGAGCUUCGGAAAGAAAAAGAAGAUUUGCUAAAGAAAUUAGAGUCCUCAUCUGAAAUUACAAGUUUGGCAGAAGAAGUAACGCGGGCAACAGUUCCACGGAUACAAGUUACAUCACUUGCUCCUUCAAGGAGCAUGGAUUUGGAAUUGAAGCAACUGCAGUGUAAACUAAAGAAUUCAACUAAUGAACUCACUAAACAGUCAUCAAAUGUGAAGUCUCUGAAAUUCGAACUUCUAGCAAAAGAAGAACACAUAAAGGAAAUGCAUGAAAAGGUGUCUCGAAUGGAGAGGGAUAUAACCAUGAAAAGACAUUUGAUAGAGGACUUGAAAUUUCGACAGAAAGUAAACUUGGAAAGUAAUGAGAGUAUUAAUGAAAUGUUAGAAAAUCUUGAAAAAAAGGUGAAGACAUUAACUGAAGAGUGUUCUAAUAAGAAGGUAUCAAUGGAUUCACUAAAGCAAAGACUUAAUGUUGCUGUGAAAGAGAAGUUGCAGUAUGAACAGAUGUAUCAGAAAACUAAAGAGGAGUUAGAAAAAAAGGAGCUCAGGCUUACUCUACUAGUAUCCAGAGUAAAUGAAACUGAAUCCGCAAUGGCAAAAAUUGAAACAGAAGCAUCAAAGCAGCUUCAAGGAUUAGCAAUGCAAAGUGAGCAGGCCCUAGAAGGUGCAAAGAAGAAAUUGCUGUUAGCCAAUGAGAAAGUAGAAGAAUUCACCAUAUUUGUAAAGGCUUUGGUCAAAGAGUUACAAAAUGAUGUUCAUGUGAUAAGGCGAAAAAUUAGAGAGCUUAAAAAAAUACAGAAAAACAAGACUGGUUAUAAAACCUCAACCCAUAAAGCCCAGACCUUGGCAGCAUCUAUCCUGAAUAUUUCACAGUCAGAUCUAGAGGAAAUAUUGGACACAGAAGAUGAAGUGGAAACUGAAAGGGCAAAGAUAGAUGCUGAAAAUGACAAGGAGUGGUGGUUGUACAUUCAGAAACUUCUUGAAGGACAGCUUCCUUUUGCCUCAUAUUUACUAGAAGCAGUACUGGAGAAAAUAAAUGCAAAAAAGAAACUGACAGAAGAAUAUUUCACAAUUAUGAAAAAUAUUAGAUGAUAUUACAAUGGAGAGCUUUUCUCAAAAUGUGAAAACUUUUUAUGUGGUGUUAUUAGAAAAACAUGCAUUACAAUCCUGAUACAGUAUCUGCUCCAACUAUCAAUAGUCAGGUUCAAUACCAAAAUAAGAAGUCUCAAAAUAAUUAAUUGCUGAACAAGUGAAACUAAUUAAGUGCAUAUCCAUUUAAUGGGAAAUGGUGUAGUAUUUGAUUGUUGAAUACAAAUUUUGCCAGAAAUCAAUGCAAACUUAAAAAUGAUUUUUCUUCCAGUACAUUAGAAGAAGCUAGAACAAGCUUGGCACACAUAAUGAUUCUGAGUAUAAAAAGAGAAAAUUGUAAACUGAGGAUUUAAUAUUUUAAGUUUUUUACAGAAACUGGAAUUUUUACAUAAAACUACUAUAAAUUGCCUUAAGUGAUACAGUGAGCAACAUACUUGUAAGCAAUUAUAAAUGAAACAUCUUAAGAAUGGGCAUUUAAUAAAAUAGAUUGUGUGGUCCAGUAUAUGUGUUCUCCUUGACAUACAAUUUUCCCAAUUCACAGGAGAACAAGAGUCAGAAAAAAUUACAAAAUUUAAAAUGGAAUAUCUCAUACACAAUAUUUUAUAAAAAUAAAAAUGAGGCUACAUAGUACUACUUGGAUACCAAAACCAAAGACAAUAUAAAACAUAAAAUGUGGCAGGCUGAAUAUGAACCCCCAAGAUGUCUAUGUCCUAGUCCCUUGAAUCUAUGAAUAUAGUAACAUUUAUGGCAAAGGGAACUUUGCAGGUAUGAUUAAAUUAAUGAUCCUAAGAUCCAGAGAUUAUCCUGGAUUAUUCAUAUAGGGGCCCCAUGUAAUUGCAAGUGUCCUAAGAAAAGAGACACAGGAAGAGUCAGAAUCAGACAGAAAGGGACAUGAUGACUCAAGCAAAGGAACAGAGAAAUAGAAUGAAGAUGCUAUACUGCCGGCUUUAAAGAUGGAGAAAGGAGACCAUGAACUAAAGGAUAUAGGCUACCUCUGGAAGUUGGAAAAAGCAAGGAAAUAGAUUCUCCCCAGAGCCUCGAGAAGGAACCAUCCCUGCUGACAUCUUAACUUUAACCCAGUGAAAUUGAUUUUGGACUUCUGGUCUCCAGAACUGUACAAAAAUAAAUUAGCAUUGUUUUAAGCCACCAAAUGUGUGGUAAUUUGUUACAGCACCAAUGAGAAACUAAUACAAUGUACUAAAAUUUCUUUUAGUAGAAAAGAAUUUUACCUCUAUGUUCAUGAGGGAUAAUGUUCAGACGAAACAAGAUCAAGGCUGAUUCAGUUUUUGAAAAUCAAUCAGAUUCUAGCCAGCACAAUGGCAAGAAAGUAAAAUAAAACACAUACAGAUUAGGAAGGAGAAGUAAAGCUGUCUCUGUUUUCAGGUAACGUGAUUCUCUGUAGAAAAUCCCAAGUAAUCUGGGGAAAAAAAAAGACAAACAGUUGGAGUAGGUCUCAAGAUACAAAAUCAACACACAAAAAUCAAUUGUAUUUCUAUACACUAGUAAUGAAAAUGUAGAAACUGAAAUGUAAAGUGCAGUACCAUUUAUAAUUGCUCAAAUAAAUGAAAUGCUUACAUGUAAGUCUAAUAA